CCAAAAUCGAUAAGAAUUUCGCCCUGCCCCUCCAUGUUUGGGCUCUUCCUUCUACGCAACGACCCCAAAUUUUCGGCUUGUAUACCUGCCACGACCUUCUUAUGAGGUAAAGAUUGAUCGGCCCUUGCGAUCAGACUUACAGUUAUUUUCCUGCAAAAACCUGCAACCUGGCGUCACUUCCGUACCGCUUCAAAGCAGGUGGCGAAGGCAAGAUGCCUUCCGCAGUCAGCCACUCUCACCGGCCGACCACCAAGAUUUCGGCCAAGUCUUUCAAGUCUCGCAAAUCCACCAAGGGUGCUCUUCGCGAUCAAGCCAAAGGCAAAGUCCCUACCGAGCGAGGCCUACGGAAAACACCCCACCAGCAAGUCAUGUCGAAGUUCGAUCGCCGGAACCAAGCAAAGCAACGCCAGCUACUCAAGCACAAAGAGCACCUCAAGGAGGCCUCCGUCUUUGCCGGGCGUGAUGGAGCGCCCAGAAUCGUGGCGGUCGUACCGCUUUGCAACGACGCUGAUGUUCCUGCUGCCAUUCGCAGCCUCAACGCCAGUCUCGAUAUAGAAGCAGAGGUCACAAACACGAACCUCCGCGUAAAUGUCGACCGCUUCAAGCAGAAGCUCCAAUAUCUCCCAGUGGAAAAAGACUUGACUGCCUGUCUUGAUGCCACCAGAGUUGCCGAUUUCGUCGUCUUCAUGCUUUCUUCUUCUGAGGAAGUCGAUUCCUUGGGCGAGCUCAUUAUUCGGAGUGUCGAAAACCAGGGCAUCUCCACCUGUUUCACGGUCGUGCAGAAUCUCGACAAGAUCCAGCCGGCCAAGGCCAGGCCUGAUGUCGUCAAGUCCUUGGCUUCUUUCAUGACCCAUUUCCACCCUGGGCAGGACAAGAUUUACAGCCUCGACUCAAGGCAAGAGUGCUCGAACUUGAUGCGCUCAUUAUGCAGUACUACCCCUAAAGGCAUACAUUGGCGCGACCAGCGAUCGUGGAUGCUGGUCGACGAGGUCCAGUGGCCAGCCAAUGAGGGAGAAUCCACAAUUCUUACUGGUGUCGUUCGUGGCAAGGGUCUGAAAGCAGACAGGCUUGUGCACAUUGGCGACUGGGGAACGUUCCAGAUUGAGAAGAUCACGGCUGCUCCUUUGACGCCGUCCAAGAAGAACAAGAAGGAGGACGGCAUGGCUGUGGACGAGACUGAGGCCGAUAGCACUCUGGACUCGCCGACUGAGGAUCAGGACGAUCUUGCGGAGCUGGCACCUGAGGAGGUUUCCAUGGAGGACACAACAGAGCAAAUGGUUGACCCAUCAACCAAGAAGGGUGUUUUGCUGGAUGAUCAUCACUACUUCUCUGAGGACGAACCUGAAGCAUACACGAAGCCCAAGAAACUGCCUAAAGGAACGUCAAACUACCAGUCAGCAUGGUAUCUCGACGAUGCUGAGGAUUCGGAGUCUGAUAUGGGAGACGACGACAUGGAGGACGCUGCUGAGGAGCCAGCCGCCGCCCCAGAAGAUGGUAUGGAGGGUAUGGCUGGUGCGGAACCCACGGAAGCUGCAAUGUCCGAGUAUCCCCAGUCGGAAGCUUUCAUUGAGCCCAACGAGGAGGACGACGCCCAAGGCCUGGCUGCCUACCGAUCACGAAAGCGGGACGAGGCCGAGGAUGACAAGGAGUUCCCUGAUGAGAUCGAGUUGCACCCGAACGUUCUAGCCCGGGAGCGGUUAGCCAAGUACAGAGGUCUCAAGAGCCUUCGCACGAGUCCAUGGAACCAGGAGGAGGAUCGCCCACACCAGCCUGAGGACUGGACAAGACUUCUGCAAGUCUCCAAUUAUGUGUCGUCAAGGAAUCACGCCACCAAGGAGGCUCUCAUUGGAGGUAUCGCUCCAGGCACCCGCGUACACGUUCACGUCCGGGCUGUUCCCUCGAGCGUUCAACAGUCGUAUAUCGCCUCGCGGCCAGUCACUCUGUUCUCGCUGCUCAGGCAUGAGAACAAGAAGGCCGCGCUCAACUUUGACAUCACUCAUAAGGAGGACUACGAGAAGUCUAUCAAGGCCAAGGAGGAGUUAAUUGUGCAAUGCGGACCACGCCGGUUCGUCAUCAACCCGCUGUUCUCCCUCAGCGGCAACACAGAGAACGAUGUCCACAAGUACUGCCGGUUCUUGCACCCUGGCCAGUCUGCGAUUGCCUCUUUCAUGGGUCCUCUGACUUGGGGCGCUGUACCCGCUCUCUUCUACAAGAGAGUUGCUCCGGCGGAGGGCGAGGAGGGCUCUGACCUCCCCCUGCAGCUCGUUGCAACAGGCACUGCCCGCGCCCCUUCGACAAACCGCGUCAUCGCCAAGCGUGUGAUCCUCACUGGCCACCCUUACCACAUCCACAAAAAGGUCGUUACCAUCCGGUACAUGUUCUUCAACCGCGAGGAUGUGGAAUGGUACAAGGCAUUGCCUCUUUGGACCCGCCGCGGCAGAAGCGGCUACGUCAAGGAGGCUCUCGGUACGCACGGCUACUUCAAGGCCAACUUCGAUGGCAGAAUCAACCCGCAAGACAGUGUUGGCGUCAGCCUGUACAAGCGAGUCUGGCCAAGGGAUGCUCGGCCAUUCUCAGGACCGUUGUUGGAGCCAAGCGCCAUUUCCAAUGCAGGUGGAGCCCAGGACGAGGCUAUGGAUGAUAUCCAGUAGAUGGGACAGGCGGUCCGAGGGUGUUUGUUUUUCUUCUCCUUUGUCAAUAUCGGGCUGGGUAUACCACUUCAUUUGCUAUAUCCUGGGAAACUUUUACGUAUCAUGACCACAAAAUUAUAGACUGAGCGAACAUCUGUUCAAG